AUGACUUUUUUGCUGUUGGGCAUCCCAGGACUAGAGCAUCUUCAUGCCUGGAUUGGGAUUCCCUUCUGCUCCAUGUAUGUGGUGGCUUUGGUAGGAAAUGUGACCAUUCUGGCUGUGGUGAGAGCAGAGCGAAGCCUCCAUCAACCAAUGUUUCUUUUUCUGUGUAUGCUGUCCAUUACUGACUUGGUUCUCUCCACAUCUACAUUGCCCCGCAUGUUAUGUCUCUUCUGGCUUGGAGCCCAUGACAUUGCCUUUGAUGCUUGUCUGACUCAAAUGUUCUUCAUCCACAGCUUUACUGCCAUGGAAUCAGGUUUCUUCCUGGCUAUGGCCAUUGAUCGUUAUGUGGCCAUCUGUGACCCACUGCACCACAACACCAUUCUCACCCCCAGUCGUAUCAUCAUAAUGGGUAUCAUUGUGGUUAUUCGUGGUGUUACCUUCUUUACUCCACACCCUAUUCUUCUCAAACAAUUGCCUUAUUGUAGAACACGAAUCAUUGCUCACACCUACUGUGAAUUCAUGGCUGUGGUGAAGCUGGCGUGUAUGGACACAGGGGCAACCAAGAGUUAUAGCCUCAGUAUGGCUUCAAUAAUUGGGUCAUGUGAUGCCAUUCUCAUUACUGUAUCUUAUGCCUUCAUCCUCCGCUCUGUAUUUCGUCUACCAUCCAGAGAAGCUAGCUUUAAGGCUUUGGGUACAUGUGGUUCCCAUGUAUGUGUCAUUCUUGUUUUUUAUUCAACAGCUGGUUUUUCCAUUUUUACUCAUCGUUUUGGGAAAAAUGUGCCUGCACAUAUUCAUAUUUUUAUUGCAAAUAUGUACCUUUUGGUGCCCCCUUUCCUCAACCCUAUUGUGUAUGGAGUAAGGACGAAGAAAAUACGGGAAAAUGUUUUUAGAGCCCUAAGGGUAAAAGUCUCCUGCUUUUAG